CACACUGUUCUUUUUCUCUCUCUCUAUAAUAAGUAAAUGAACUAUCAACACAAGUUCUAUACUCUCCAAAGGAGGAGGGAGUAAUCACUAAUCAAGAAUCAUCAUACUUUCUCUGUUUUCAUAAAAAUGGCUUCUUUAGUUUCAUCUCCCUUCACAUUACCCAAAUCAAAACCAGAUCAAAUUUCAUCAAUAACCCAAAAACAUUACUUCCUCCAUUCAUUCCUUCAAAAGAAACCCACAAAAACCCGGUUCAGAUUCAAAUGCGCCGCUGUCGGUAACGGUCUGUUCACCCAAACCACUCAAGAAGUCCGGCGAAUCGUACCCAACAAAAUCCAAGGUCGUCCAACGGUCAAAAUCGUGUAUGUCGUUCUAGAAGCUCAAUACCAAUCUGCACUGACAGAAGCUGUUCAAACACUCAACAAAGAUGAAACCUUUGCUCAAUUCGAAGUGGUGGGUUAUCUUGUUGAAGAGCUUAGAGACAAAAUUAAUUACGAAAGUUUCUGUAAAGAUCUUGAAGAUGCUAAUAUCUUCAUUGGGUCUUUGAUUUUUGUUGAAGAACUUGCUGUGAAGAUCAAGAAUGCUGUUGAGAAAGAAAGGGAUAGACUUGAUGCUGUUUUGGUUUUCCCUUCAAUGCCUGAGGUUAUGAGAUUAAACAAAUUAGGUUCUUUUAGUAUGUCUCAAUUGGGUCAAUCAAAAAGCCCUUUUUUUCAACUUUUCAAGAAGAAAAAACAAUCUGCUGGAUUUGCUGAUAGUAUGCUUAAGCUUGUUAGAACAUUACCCAAAGUUUUGAAAUACUUACCAAGUGAUAAAGCUCAAGAUGCCCGUCUUUACAUUCUAAGUUUACAAUUCUGGCUAGGUGGUUCCCCUGAUAAUCUAGUCAAUUUCUUGAAAAUGCUCUCCGGAUCAUACAUUCCUGAGUUGAAAUCGAUCAAAAUUGGUUAUUCCGACCCUGUUUUGUAUCUAGACACUGGAAUUUGGCACCCUUUAGCUCCAUGUAUGUUCGAUGAUGUAAAAGAGUAUCUGAAUUGGUACGGCACAAGAAGAGAUACAAGUGAGAAAUUGAAAAGGAAUGAUUCUCCAGUGAUCGGGCUUGUUCUUCAAAGAAGUCAUAUUGUAACCGGAGAUGAGAGUCAUUAUGUGGCAGUCAUAAUGGAAUUGGAAGCUAAAGGUGCGAAAGUGAUACCAAUUUUCGCGGGGGGGUUAGAUUUUUCAGGGCCGGUUGAACGUUAUUUCAUCGAUCCGGUUACUAAGAAAUCGUUUGUGAAUUCGGUUAUUUCGUUAACUGGUUUUGCACUUGUGGGUGGACCGGCUAGACAAGAUCAUCCUAAGGCAAUUGAAAGUUUAAUGAAACUUGAUGUUCCUUAUAUUGUUGCUUUGCCUUUGGUUUUUCAAACUACUGAAGAAUGGUUGAAUAGUACUUUGGGUCUUCAUCCAAUUCAAGUGGCUUUACAAGUUGCAUUGCCGGAAUUGGAUGGUGGAAUGGAACCUAUUGUUUUCGCAGGACGUGAUCCUAGAUCAGGGAAAUCACAUGCUCUUCAUAAAAGGGUGGAACAACUUUGUACUAGGGCUAUUAGAUGGGCUGAAUUGAAAAGGAAAACUAAGAUGGACAAGAGGCUUGCUAUAACUGUUUUCAGCUUCCCGCCAGACAAAGGAAACGUCGGAACAGCAGCAUACUUAAACGUCUUCUCCUCCAUUUACUCGGUUCUCAAGGACCUCAAACAGGACGGUUACAACGUCGAAGGGCUGCCCGAAUCAUCCGAAGAACUAAUCGAAGAAAUCAUUCACGACAAGGAAGCACAAUUCAACAGCCCGAAUCUAAACGUGGCAUACAAAAUGGGAGUUCGAGAAUACCAAUCGCUAACGCCUUACUCCAAUUUACUCGAAGAAAAUUGGGGUAAACCACCCGGAAACUUAAACUCCGAUGGAGAAAACCUAUUGGUUUAUGGCAAACAAUAUGGUAACAUCUUCAUCGGAGUUCAACCAACAUUCGGCUACGAAGGCGAUCCAAUGAGACUCCUGUUCUCAAAAUCGGCUAGCCCCCAUCACGGUUUCGCAGCGUAUUAUUCCUUCGUGGAGAAAGUAUUCAAAGCCGACGCGGUUCUUCAUUUCGGAACACACGGUUCUUUGGAAUUCAUGCCCGGAAAACAAGUGGGAAUGAGCGACGUUUGUUACCCCGACAGCUUAAUCGGAAACAUCCCCAAUAUUUAUUACUAUGCCGCUAACAAUCCAUCAGAAGCCACCGUGGCGAAACGCCGGAGCUAUGCGAAUACGAUAAGCUACUUAACUCCCCCUGCUGAAAACGCAGGAUUAUACAAAGGACUUAAACAAUUGGGCGAAUUAAUCGCGUCUUACCAAUCGCUAAAGGAUACUGGUCGCGGAAAUCAAAUCGUGAGUUCGAUUAUAAGCACGGCGAGACAAUGCAAUCUCGAUAAGGACGUUGAUUUACCUGAAGAAGGACAGGAAUUAUCAGUUAAAGAACGCGAUCUCGUCGUCGGGAAAGUUUACUCGAAGAUCAUGGAAAUUGAAUCGCGGUUAUUACCAUGCGGGCUUCAUAUAAUCGGCGAACCUCCGACCGCGUUGGAAGCUGUCGCGACCCUUGUUAAUAUCGCGGCGUUGGACCGACCGGAAGAAGGGAUUUCGGCGCUUCCUUCUAUAUUAGCGAACACGGUCGGGCGCGAUAUAGAAGAUUUAUACCGCGGGAGUAACAAGGGUGUAUUGAAAGACGUCGAAUUAUUAAAACAAAUAACCGAUACCGCGCGAGGUGCGGUUUCGGCUUUUGUCGAAAAAACAACCAACAGUAACGGUCAAGUGGUUGAUGUGGCGGGAAAACUCUCUUCAAUAUUGGGGUUCGGGUUGAAUGAACCAUGGGUGGAGCAUUUAUCGGGUACGAAAUUUGCUCGGGCCGACCGAGAAAAGCUUCGGGUUUUAUUCGGGUAUUUGGGUGAAUGUUUGAAACUUAUAGUGGCAGAUAAUGAAUUGGGUAGUUUGAAACAAGCUUUGGAAGGGAAAUAUGUUGAACCGGGUCCGGGUGGGGAUCCGAUUAGGAAUCCUAAGGUUUUACCGACGGGUAAGAAUAUCCAUGCGCUUGACCCGCAAUCGAUUCCUACUGCCGCGGCAAUGCAGAGUGCUAAGGUUGUUGUCGAGCGGUUACUCGAGAGACAAAAGGUCGAUAACGGCGGUAAUUACCCGGAAACGGUUGCUCUUGUUUUGUGGGGGACGGAUAAUAUUAAAACUUAUGGGGAAUCGUUGGCUCAAGUUUUAUGGAUGAUCGGAGUUGAACCCAUAUCCGAUGCUUUUGGACGGGUCAACCGGGUUGAACCGGUUAGUGUUGAAGAACUUGGGAGGCCGAGGAUUGAUGUUGUUGUUAAUUGUUCGGGAGUUUUUCGUGACCUCUUCAUUAAUCAGAUGAAUCUCCUCGACCGGGCAAUAAAAAUGGUAGCCGAAUUAGACGAGCCAGACGAACAAAACUACGUUCGUAAACACGCACAAGAACAAGCCCGAACACUCGGAGUCGACGUAAGAGAAGCCGCAACAAGAGUCUUUUCAAAUGCAUCCGGUUCAUAUUCAUCCAACGUUAAUCUUGCAGUCGAGAAUUCAUCAUGGAACGACGAAAAACAAUUACAAGACAUGUAUCUAAGUCGAAAAUCAUUCGCAUUCGACAGCGACGCUCCAGGAGCCGGCAUGACAGAAAAACGACAAGUCUUCGAAAUGGCACUAAGCACAGCCGACGCAACUUUCCAAAACCUCGACUCCUCGGAAAUCUCCCUAACCGACGUCAGCCACUACUUCGAUUCCGACCCGACAAACCUUGUACAGAAUUUAAGGAAAGACGGGAAGAAACCUAGCGCCUACAUUGCCGACACGACCACAGCCAAUGCUCAAGUUCGUACGCUUUCGGAAACUGUUCGUUUGGAUGCGAGAACGAAGCUUUUGAAUCCUAAAUGGUACGAGGGAAUGUUAUCGACAGGGUAUGAAGGUGUUCGUGAAAUUGAGAAGAGGUUGACGAAUACGGUCGGGUGGAGUGCGACUUCGGGUCAAGUUGAUAAUUGGGUUUAUGAAGAGGCGAACACGACAUUUAUUAAGGAUGAAGAGAUGCUUAAGAGGUUGAUGAAUUCUAAUCCUAAUUCGUUUAGGAAGUUGAUUCAAACAUUCUUGGAGGCUAAUGGUCGAGGUUAUUGGGAUACGUCGGAGGAGAAUGUCGAUAAAUUGAGACAACUUUAUUCGGAAGUUGAGGAUAAGAUUGAAGGGGUUGAUCGUUAAGGUUUUGGAGACGGAAUUUGGGGAGUGUUUGUUCAUAAUCAAUUUGAUAACCACUUUUCUAUGUUAAUUUGUAAUUUAUUUCAAUAAUUUGGGACUUUAUGUAUUAUGGAGAUAUUAUUAUCAUGACAUAUAAAGCUUAUUGAGUUUCCUUA